CUAUCACUGCACAGGAAAUAAACAUCAAAUUGCCUGCUCUGUUAUACAUUAUGCACUGUUUGCAUCUCUUCAGUAGAUGAGAACUGUAAAAAUAAAGAUGGCAUCAGACUAAACACUGUUGAUUAAGAGGGUUUGUGUCCAGGGUUCGUGUAUCCAAAUAAAAACUAAUAUCUACAGUGCCUCUUCUGGGGAGGGACACAUACCCUGACAGCUGAAAGAACCAGUGGAGCAGGUUUACCUCGUGCAGCUUUCUGAGUGUUCCUAUGUCCAGCCUGGCACUUUACCACAGCGAACAGGUCAGUAGAAUGUGUUGGUUUGCCUGUGUCUUCAACUUCAUUAGAUUUAUACAACUCUUCAAAGGACUCAACACUAUUGGGAUCCACAACAACUAUUUUAUUUAUUUUCUUACAUGGUCUAAAACAACCUGACAAAUCCUCUGCUACCAUGAAGACUUUGCUUAAAUUACAGAUUCUCAAAUCCUUGUGGAUUUCCAAAUCAAGUUGUAGGCUUUUCCAUAAACAGCCCAGGCUUCUUGCCCCAGAGCUAUUUUCACAUGACGAAUCUAUCAAGCAGGGUGAACAGCAAGUGCCCGAAUACUUUAACUUUGCAAGUGAUGUGCUGGACAAAUGGUCUCAGAUGGAAAAGGACGGAAGGAGAUCAUCAAACCCAGCCUUCUGGUGGGUAAAUGGAAGAGGAAAUGAAGUGAGGUGGAGCUUUGAGGAGCUGGGAUUCCACUCCAGAAAAGUGGCCAAUGUCCUCUCUGAUAUAUGUGGUCUGCAGAAGGGAGACAGAGUUAUGCUGAUUCUGCCCCGGAUACCGGAAUGGUGGCUGGUGAAUGUGGCUUGUAUGCGAACAGGAAUCGUCCUCAUUGUAGGGACCUCCCAAUUAACAGCUAAAGACAUUUUGUAUAGACUCCAGGCUUCUAAGGCCACGUGUAUCAUUACCAAUGAUAUGGUGGCAUCUACAGUGGACGCAGUUGCAUCUGAUUGCCAGUUUCUGAAAACCAAGUUAAUUGUAUCCGAAGGCAGAAGAGAUGGGUGGCUGAACUUUAAUGAACUAUACAAAGCACAACCUGCUGAUCACAUCUGCGUUAAAACAAAGAUUCAAGACCCAAUGAUUAUCUACUUUACCAGCGGAACCACAGGUUCUCCAAAGAUGGCUGAACACUCCCAAGGCAGUCUUGGUUUCAGACCUGUCAUAAGUGAAAGAUACUGGCUGGAUUUGACUCCUGAAGACAUGAUGUGGUGCUUAUCAGAUACAGGCUGGAUAAUAGCUUCGCUGGGAUCUGUUCUCGAUCCAUGGGUUUUCGGGUCAUGUGUCUUUGUACACAGCCUUCCACAUGUUGAAUCAACAACUCUCCUAAAUACUCUCUCCAGAUUUCCCAUCACCACUAUCUUUGGUGCUCCAACUUUGUUCCGCAUGCUGGUGCAGCAUGAUCUUACCAGUUACAAGUUCAUGAGUCUGCAGCACUGUGUGAGUGGAGGGGAGCAACUCAACCCAGAAGUGAUCGAGCAGUGGAAAAGGAAGACUGGCCUGACUAUCUAUGAAAUAUAUGGACAAACAGAAACAGGAUUAGUUUGUUCCGUUUUCAAAGGGAUGAAGAUUAAACCCGGAUCAAUGGGAAAGGCAGUUCCCCUUUACGAUGUUCAGAUCAUCGAUGAGAAUGCUAAUGUUCUGCCUCCAGGACAAGAAGGGGAAAUUGCCAUCAGAAUCAAACCUAAAAGGCCACUUGGUCUUUUCUCUAAGUACAUAGAUAACCCUGAGAAAACCGCUUCAUCAGAACGUGGAAAUUUUUUUGUCACGGGGGACAGAGGGACUAUGGAUGAAGAUGGAUAUUUCUGGUUUCUUGGAAGAUCUGAUGAUGUCAUCAAUUCUUCAGGGUAUCGUAUUGGACCAUUUGAAGUAGAGAAUGCCUUGAUAGAGCACCCAGCUGUAGUAGAAUCUGCUGCUGUCAGCAGCCCAGACCCCCUCAGAGGCGAGGUGGUGAAAGCUUUUGUGGUCUUGUCACCUGCCUUUUCCUCGUGUGACCUGGAAAAAUUAACGCUUGAGUUGCAGGAGCAUGUCAAGAAAGUUACCGCUCCAUACAAAUAUCCCAGAAAGAUGGAAUUUGUCCAACAGCUACCGAAGACAAUCACUGGGAAAAUCAAGAGGAACGAGUUAAGGAACAAAGAAUGGGGACAAAUGUAACAUUGUUGGGAGUUUAACAUAACUUCUUUCACUCCAGUGAUGCCAUGCAAGCUGUAACAGUUCUCAGGGUGCCCCGAACUGUGUUACCUUGUUCUCCUCCUCUUUCCCCCCCCCCAUACUGCCACAGAGAGAGACUUGCUGGUGCUUAACCAGUCUGUUAGUCGCCCAAACAAUCUCCUCAGGGCAAUGCAAGUCCUCAUUUUUCUUUGCAGAUUAACGAUAGGUGCACCCUAGUCCCCGAACCACCUUUGAAGUGUUCCCCUGUGAUAGCCAGCCUGACCGGGGAUGGUCUCUAGAUAAUACUUAGUGCUGCCACAAGUGCAGGGGACUGGGCUAGAUGACCUCUCGAGGUCCCUUCUAGUCUUAUGAUUUUAUGAUUCUGAGCUGCUGUUACAGAAAUAGUGAACCAUUUGCUAGUUAAAAAGAACAGGAGUACUUGUGGCAUCUUAGAGACUAAAAAAUUUAUUAGAGCAUAAG